UAUACAGGAGAUGUGUCUAUAUCUGGUGGUGUUACACUGACUGUACACUUUGAUGGGUUCAGUCCUCAGUUUACCCUCAGCUGUAUCUCCACUGGUGGACCUGCUACCACUGUCAUGUGGACCAGAGAUUCCACCACUGUCACCCAUGGAACUGAGACUGUUUUAGUCAAUGCAACCACGGCAGAGUACAUCCAUACACUGAAUGUGACUGGAAGAAUGGAAGGAAGGUACACAUGUACUGUGGCUAACAACAAACCAUCAAACGGAUCAGCAUGCCGUGAUUUUCCUGGCCAGCCAAUAAUAGUUCUCGUGGGAAAAUCUACCAACUCUCUUAACUUUACUUGGAAUGUAUCAAACACCACAGAUGAUAGUACCUGUACAGUUGAAUGGGAGAAGAUAGGCUGUUUAGCUGAAAAUCGAGAUAACAUUGGCUCUAUUACCACCAAUGAUACAAGUUACAGUAUAACAGGACUAGAGGAGGGCAGUAGGUACAACAUUACUGUAACUGCAGGGGGACAGAGUAACACUGUAUCAGCUGUGACUACAUUGAAAGCUCCAUCUGCUGCUCCAAAUGUGACUCAGACUUUAGCGACUUCUUACUCUAUCACUAUCAAUUGGGAGUUGGCGCCUUGUGAAGAUAUUACUGGCUACUCAGUGAGAUAUGGAGAGAUGGGAACCAACACGAUAGACACGACUGUGCUGAAUAUUACUGGAGCCAGUGUAACUAAGGCUACUAUCUCUAACCUGACCCUAUCUACUAACUACACAAUUCAAGUUGCAGCAGUCAACAGAGCUGGUACUGGAGUGUUCGGUAAUGCCACUAUCGUAAUGACUGUCGAAAAAAGUGUACAUCUCACCUUUAGACAAAAAAUAAUACCUGACUGUGGCUAUGUUAUACUGGAUGAU